AUGGGCAAGAAGGCCGCAUCCAAGGCCAAAGCCGCGGCUUCACGGCCGGGUUCUGGGAAGGCAUGGCCUCCAAAGCGGAAUCAAAAGUCGAAAGGCAAGUACACGGCGGAGGACUUCCAGGAUUUGGUCAAGCAGCUGCAGCCUCUCAACCUCCGGGUCGUGAAGAUGGAGCCCGACGGCAACUGCCUUUUCAGGGCCAUCGCCGACCAGCUCUGUGGUGACCCAGAAGAGCACAACCACUACAGAGACAUGUGUUGCAACCACAUGAUCGAGAAUGCAGAUGAGUUCUCACUCUUCUAUGCAGACGAGGACUUCGAGACCACCUGCGACUGCUUUGGUGCCUACGUGGAGCGCAUGCGGAGCCCAGGCAACUGGGGAUCGCAACUGGAGCUCAUGGCCAUCUGCCAGACGUUCGGGGUGAACGUCAUCGUCCACCAGGUCGGUUCGCCUUCCUACGAAAUGGAGUUUAGCCCGGCAGAUGCUCGGUGCCUUCAGCUGUCCUACCACGAUGGAGAGCACUACAACAGUGUCCGGUUUGAAUGGGAUCUUUGUCCGGGCAAGCCGGUCAGCUUCCUUUCUCUGCAGCAGCUGAAGAUGAAGGACAGCGACGUCGUCGCGCUGCUGGAGGAGGUGAAGUACAGCUUGCCUCCCAACCACGGCUUCGAGGAUGCAACGCUUCGCUCCACGCUGCUACAGUCCAAGUACGACGCCGGGGCAGCUGUGGAACUGUUGCUCAACAAGCUGGCGGGCGUUACAGAGACACACUCUGCUCCAGUGGAGUCGAAGGAGGCCGCAGCCGCUGCACCCGAGCAAGUGCCGUCGGAUGCCACCCCAGCGGCAGCCACCCAGGAGGAGGGCACUGAGACGGCGCCCGCUGAGCUCUCCAAGGGCCCCGAAAAGCGCGCCAAGGCGAGCCGCGCCGAGAAGCGGAACGAAAGGAAGGCCAAGGCGGAGGCCAAGAGGAAGCCGCAAAGCUCGGCGACGGCGGCCGAAGAUGGGAUCUCCCGAGAGACCAUGGAGCAGCUUUCCAAGCAGCUGCUGGCUGUCUAA